CAGUAUUUGUGACACAAUUCUGAAGUCAAGUCCAAUUCGGCAACAAACGGAGCUCCCUGCUCCUGGUCUGAAUGUAUUUUAUAAACUAAUUGACGAAAAAAAGAAACCUCCCUAACGGAUGUGAGAAAGCGUCUGGUUUCCUGGCGACCGCAAACAAACCCGACCCCGAGGCUUCCACCAGGUUAGCCGGACAGGUGCCACGCUGAGCGGCUCCUCAUGAGGUCGACCGUCCAGGUGUGUCUUGUGUGAAGUCCAGGAUGAACGGCUACGACAACCCCCCCCUCGCCCCUGGCACCUUCGGCUCCUACCCCUCCCACCUCAACGGCCAUGGCUCCAAAUUCCCCGAGCCUCAGGAGAAUAAAGCCAAAGUCAAAUCCAGUGCCAAAAGUCUGUACGGUUUAAACCUCUCCGCGGACAACUGGGAGCACGGCCUCUUACGGAAAAUCUCCAAGCAAAGGAAGCACUACACCAAGACCAGCAUCAACAGCCUGACGGACACAUCCCAGUACCAUGUGGAGCACCUCACCACCUUCCUGCUGGACCGUAAGGACGGCAUGGUGACCGCGGAGGACGGCAUCCGCCGGCUGCGUCUGCUGGACGCCAAGGGCAAGGUGUGGACCCAGGACAUGCUGCUGCAGGUGGAGGAGAAGACGGUCAGCCUCAUCGACCAGGACACCCAGAAGGAGCUGGAGAACUUCCCCGUGGGGAGCAUCCAGUCGUGCCAGGCGCUGAUGAACGCCUGCUCCUACGACUCCAUCCUGGCGCUGGUCUGCAAGGAGGCGGGCCAGGCCAAGGCCGACCUCCACCUCUUCCAGUGCGACCACAUCAAGGCGAACCUGAUCCAGGCGGACAUAGAGAGUGCCAUGCUGGACGCCAAAGCGGGCAAAGUGAAGAAGAGGCCAGAGGCCUUGAAGAUGAUUCUGAAGAGUGACGGGCUGAUUCCGCCCCCUCCGGCUGCACCCGCCCCCGCCCCCCCCGACUCUGUCAAUCAAAUGGACGUGAAGAGCAGAGUGGCUGCCUGGUCGGCCUGGACCAAUGAGCAGCAAGAGAUGCUGACGGACGACCAGGUGAGGCGCUACUCUGGCGAGGACGACCUUCCCGUGGGGAUGACGGUGUUCCACGUGGACCGGGACGUGAAAAUCCUGAACCACAUCCUGGAUGACAUCGAGUACUUCGUCACCAAACUGCAGAAAGCCGCCGAGGCGUUUAACGAGCUCUCCAAGAGGAAGAAGAACAAGAAGGGCAAAAAGAAAAGUCCAGGAGAGGGCGUCCUCACUCUACGCUCACGGCCCCCGACCGAGGAGGAGUUCGUUGACUGUUUCCAGAAGUUCAAACACGCGUUCAAUCUGCUGGCAAAGUUGAGAGCCCACAUCCAGAACCCCAGCUCCGCGGAUCUGGUGCACUUCCUGUUCACGCCACUGAGGAUGGUGGUGCAGUCCUCGGGGGGCGAUCUGGCCCGCAGCGUGGUGGUUCCGCUCCACACCAGAGAGGCCAUCGACUUCCUCCACGCCAACGGCACCGUGGACGAGAGGCACCUGUGGGUGACGCUGGGCGACGGUUGGACCAAGUGCAGGUUGGAGUGGCCCAAGGAGCAGUACUUCCCCCCCUGCCCCCUGCGGUUCCGCGACGGCUGGGAGCCCCCCGCGCUGCCCCCCCCCACCCCGGGGCCCCUGAGGCACGAGCAUCAGGCCCCCGAGGGCCCGCUGGGCGACGCCCUGGGCCACGCCGAGGGCCACAGACACGAGGAGGGGGGCCUUCGCCACGCCCAGGAGUCGUCGAUGAUGCCAGGCGUCCCGUCGGGCGACAGGUACAGUCUGGCCAGCGCCUCGUGCGACCGUUCUCAGCCACUGGACCAGGACAUGGCCCUGGCCGCCUUCCAGCAGGCCGUCAGCCGUCACGUCGAUCGCAUCGGCCAGCCAAAAAUCUUUGCCAAAUCUAAAUAUGACUUUGUGGCAAGAAACAACACGGAGCUUUCUGUGCUGAAGGACGAGGUCGUGGAGGUUCUGGACGACAAGAAGCAGUGGUGGAAGGUACGCAACGGCUGUGGGGCCGCGGGCUACGUGCCAAACAACAUCCUUGAGACCACCAGGGCGGUGGACAUCAACGGCAGAGGAGAGCCCAUCUACAGCCACACUAUACAGCUUAUGAUGCCAAAGAAGGAGUUUGAGUUGUUUAAGCAAUUACUGGGCGAGCUGAACGAGAAGCAGACCACCAAGGGAGACCUCGGCCCGGCCAAACCGGGCGGGGCGAUGCCCAUGCCGCCGGCCCCCGCUCCCCCUCCCCCAGCAUCGGCCCCGGCCCCCUACCGGCUGCCCACGCCCCCCCUGCCCCCGCCGACUGAGCCCCCCAGGCCGGAGACUUCCGCCUCGACCACCGCCACCAACGGCGGCGGCGGCGGCGUGCGUGAGGUGGGCCAGCAGGACAGCGACACCGGGAGCGUCGCCAUGAGGGAACGCCAGCGCCACCCGCCGGCCAGCCGCAGGAAAUCCAACAUGGAGGAGGUGCAGGACGAGCUGAUGCACCGGCUGACGCUCGGCCGCAGCACCCAGAAGAAGUUCCCGCCGCCGGCCCGCGGCGCCACCGGGAACGCCGUCAACAUCACGUACGACUCGGCGCCCGACGAGGUCCGGGCCUGGCUGGAGCUCAAGGGGUUCAGCACCGUGACCAUCAACAGCCUGGGCGUGCUGACCGGGGCGCAGCUCUUCUCCCUGAACAAGGAGGAGCUGAAGACGGUGUGUCCGGACGACGGGGGCCGCGUCUUCAGCCAGGUGACGGUGCAGAAGGCCGCCCUCGAGAGGAGCUCAGGCUCUGAGCUUCAGGAGAUCAUGAGGAGGAGGCAGGAGAAGCUGGCGGCCAACACCAGUGACUCGGGGGUGGAGUCAUUUGACGAGGGCACCGCCCACUGAGAGCCCACCUGGGGGGGGGGGGGGGGGGGGGGGGGGGGUCGUCACCAUGACGACAGAGAAUAUUUAUUUAAAAAAAAUAAACGGCUAAUCCUCCUGAAACAGAACGGACGUGCGGGAAGGGUGGGGCGGGGUUAGCGGGAGAAAGCGAUCGCCAUGCCAACCGUCCGCUCACCGUCUUGUCGUUCCCAGGCCGCCGCCGACCGCGAGGAGUUUGUGGCGAUAAUUCGUCGCCGGCACGAACUUCUGGGCUCUCCGCCAUGAGGCCGAACCCGUCGCCCAACGGCCGACGUUUCCGAACUCUGAAUACGAACUGCGUCCCUCGUGGACAGCGAGCACACACACACACACACACACACACACACACACACACACACACACACACACACACACACACACACACACACACACACACACACACACACACACACACACACACACACACACACACACACACACACACACACACACACACACACACAGCAGGAGGGAGGGAGGGUUCGGAAGCGCCUGAACGUGGCGUAAGGAAACCUUUGGAGUCGGACGGUACUUUGGGUUCCUCUGAGGUUCUCUCUCGUUAUCGAAGGGGUUCCGGAACAACGUUUGUGUUCUGCAGAGACUGCAACGAGGCCAUGGGACAAAAGUAGUCUGUUGAACUCUAGUUAAACCCUCCUCAGUGUUGUCAUCAAACCCAGGGGGCGGCGCCUAACACAGGUUUUGCAAUUCAUGUUUCGGAUUGGCUCACAGUGCUGUCAGGUGAUGAUAUUUGCUGAGUGACAGUUUCACCUGAUGGCGAUUCCUCUGUUUAGUUCCACAGUUUAUAUAUAUAUAUAUAUAUAUAUAUAUAUAUAUAAAAACAAUUGUAAGAAUGAAAAAGUAGACACUGAUGGUUGAUUGGUAAAUAUAUUUGUAUAUAUUUUCAUAUUUGAUAAUUUAUAUAAUUCUUCCAUAAUUUAUGUCGAUAAGAAUAAGUGAAUCUAAAUAAAAGUGAUGCAAAUGCUAAGUAGUUAGUUAUGAUUAUAACUUUCCAUGAAUGUAGUAACAAUAAGUAUCGUUUAGAUUAUUUGUCUUAACUCAAUAUUGACUAUUAAAAAGGUGUCAGUUUGGAAUGUAAUGGAUGGUCUCAUACAACACAAGGUUGAACUGAUUAGAUUGCCAUGUAUGUACUUCUGAGCUGUAUCUAAAAAAAUGAUCUGUAUGUAUUAUAUAUGCUGCUGCAUUUAGGGAAGAUGCUUUUAGCGUAAACUCGAUUCCAAGCCUUCUGUUCAAGCACACAAAUAUACACACAGACACACUCACAGGGCUUACGUUUUCUUAUUUUUAUCUUCCCACGGAUGUUUUGCUAAAAUCAGCAGUUUGCAGCAAACUGCACAUUGUUCAUUUUACAUUCAUUUAACAGCGAAAGUAUCCAAGUAACAUGGGACUAUCGCGAAUAUCAGGUACAUUCUCGGCAUCAAAACAAAUGCGCUGACCCAACACGAUGUGUAGGGGAUUACACACAGUGGAGAUUGUGUUCGACUUUCUACACUUUCUUUUUUUAUUUCAAAAUGUCAUUGUCCCACAGCUGUUAUCGCAUCUCGUUGCGACUGUAGUCCUUGUGACUGUACACGUUUCACGGGUUGUUUCGUUCCAAACGUACACGGAAUACAGCAACGUAAAACCCUGAUUGUCUUUGUACAUUCACAGCUUUUUUUUUACACGAGCAAAGACUGCCCAGCCGAGAGAAAGGAUGUCGCUAUUCCACUUUAAACACUUGCAUGAAAGGACCUAGUGUGGAAAGUGGAGGCUUAAACAAAGAGACUGACCAACAAAUGUAAUUUGAAAUGCUGAAUGUUGCCCACUCGCUUGUAGGCUCUCUUACAGCCGUUCUGUCCUGGUCAAGUCAGAAGUGUUAAGGGAUCGUCUUACUCCCAUCGUCUGUAGUAAGACGAUGGGAGGAUGAAUUAGUAGAAAGUCUACACUCCCAUGACGGACUGUUGUAUGAAGCUCAUGAAUAGUGGUCUCCCGAAUGUAUGGCCAAUCGCUAUAGCUGCUAUAAAGGUGUAACGUUUUGUAGGAGUUACUUUAUAGAUCAUUGUCCUUUGAUACUCAAAUGGUAUCUUCUCGGUGUCAAUCAAAGAAAUUAUUUAUUGAAAUGAAUAAAUAAGGUAGUGCACUGUAAAAUCGCAAUUGUAUGUGUAUAGUUUUCAUGGUGCCUUUUUUCAUAAAAAUCUGCAAUUUCUGCAAUAAAUGCAACAGAAAAAACCUGGA